AUGCCAAAGUUGGCCUCGCCCUCUCUGCGCUCACAAGCGCUAAACUUGAUGGCGGGCCGUAGCUUUGCAUCUUCUCCGCGAUGCCGACUUGCUCAAGCGCGGCAUGGUAUCUUGAACGAGGCCUGGCUACCUCCGCAGUCAACCGUACCUCUCCCAACAACAUAUUUCUCUCCAGCUGGAGUACGCAGGGGAAUCGAUGGACUAGAAACACCACAGAAGGGCGAUCAUAAACCACCAGAUGAGCGGGUAUUAAAGCUCGGAAAGACCUUACGAACACUUUCUCCUCUCCUCCCUACUAUCUUGUACAAUACCCUACCUGCAGAAGUCCUCAGUCCGAGCGUCAACCUCCACCUCUUUCCAUCGACACACCCACAUCUCCCCACCGUCAAAGGCCGCACCCUAUACCGCGCUGCACUGUGGACCGUUCCAGUAGCAUGGAGCAGUGUACCACUGGUAGGAAACGUCAAGUUGCAGAUCCUAAGCGAGCGCAUCGUACGCGCAGGCACAAUUCUUGACCCCGAGCACGCGGAGAACCACGAUUGCGGCGACGAACGGUUAGUGGUACGAUGGAAGACCGAGCCACGUACAGAUAGCCGGCCUUUCCACGAAUCACAACGUAAUUCUUCUGAGAAGCGACAAAAUAAUGCAAGCCUAUCGCAAGCAUCCGGUUCCGGCGCAAGAACGUCUCAAAUACCGCAAACACGUAGUGGUACAUCAUCAUCGUCAUCGAAGAACAGUACCAAUAAGGGACUAAGUGUACUACUGGGCGGCGAGGAACCAAUCUUCAAGCUCUCAAAGGAAGAGCAAUUCACCGGGCUGUUCAUUUUCUCUUUUGACGAGGAAGGGCGCAUUCUAACACACACGAUUGAACAUGCUGAUGAAGCGGGUGGAUGGGAUCGAACAGCUAAGUUUGUAACCUUGACUGACUGGCUGAUUGGCAAGGCGCGCGGGUCGCUGGAUCCAGCACUCAAUCCUGGGCUAGCUAUGGAGUCCUGUGAGGACUAUGGAUUACCUAGGGACACUCGGUACACCCGACGCUGA